CUCGUUCUUUCGCCUACUUCUGUUUCUGAAACUUUACCGAAAAAACAACACUCACCCUCAGCGAACUCAAAACUUUUCAUCGCCUUGAGAUGCCUAGGCCUACUAGCUAGUAGCUAAGUACUAGAUAAUAGACGGAGGAUCAGGAUCUCUGCAGCUGGCAGCAACAAGAGUGGGCCUCGGAGACGCAGACGAGCGGAGUUGGCCAAAUGUGCAGGCUAAUCCCACAAGAAAAUGGUCAUGGUUGAAGGUGUCUAGGAAGUAGUGACCUUGUGGCCGCGUGGGUCCACCAUCCGAACGACACGAGUCAAAGCAGGGCUCGCUGUGAAGAAGAGCGCAAUUUUGGCGUCAAGUUAGGCGCCGAGUUCGCUGCACAAUUUUGCUCAAGUUCGCGACGUGGGAAGUCGCCACUUUGGCCCUCCUUCUGUGGCUGUGGACCCACUAGGAUCCAAUCACUUUGCUGGCCUGGAAGUCAAAAACUCACUUGGCCUACGUCAUACCAUGCGGCUAAAUCACUGAGGUAGUUUUUCCACAUGAUGCCGGGGGUGGAAAGACUACGUCAGUGGGUCAAAUUGGCGACAUCGAAAAGGGCAGUUCAGUGACGCAGUAAGCGACACCGUAGCCCUCUCUUUGAUGACUCACUUCGCGACAUCGAAGACCCAAAGUUCAGAAUGUGGAUCCACGAGGCCAAUACGGCACGCAUUUCCUUCUAGAUCUACCUUCAGCCAUGUCGCAUUCUCGUGCGUUUGGCCUGUAUGAAUGGCCAACGAGCUUCGUCUGCGUCACCGAGUCCUGGCCCUCUUGCCUCCGGCUGCAAAACUCCUCCGUCAACGACUUAAUUAACUAGCUAUUUAAAGUGCCUAGUUUACCAAGAAGAAAAAUUUUGAGUUAGCUGAGGGUGAGCAUUUUUUUUGGUAAUAUCUUCUCAUUGUGGUAGUUCAUAUCUCGUCCUUGACCUAUUAUCAUGUUUUUGAUUCUUCCUAUUUAUUGCGCGGAGUCCUUGAAGAAAAUCCUAUCACUUGACCACUCGAUCUCAACCUGAUCAAACAUGAAGAACAUGUCUGACAACUCUGUUGCAGCAGCAGGAGCUGAUGCCUCGACCGCAACCAUUCAAGAAAAGACAGCGCCAAUGACGGAACGCUUCGCUGCAACUAUUCUACUCCAUGUGGUCGGAGACGCGCUGGGCUACAAAGGUGGAGAGUGGGAGUUUUGUGCAUCCACCUCGAAAAUCCGCAAUGACUGUGAGGCACUAGGCGGUAUGCUUGCCCUGGAUAUAAAGAAUUGGCC